AUGGAGAUGGAGAGAAAGACGAAGGAGACAGAGAAGUUAUGCCAGAGGUGCAAGCGAAGCUACACAGAUUCCUCAAACGACGCUUCAUCUUGUCGUUUUCAUCCCUCCUUCUUCGUUUGUCGCCGUCACGAUGACCAAAAAAGGUACUAUGAAUUGGGACCAGACGAUCCACCGUAUGCAGCCAAGUUCUAUGAUUGUUGUGGGGCAGAGGAUCCUAAUGCACCAGGUUGUGUCACCAGUCCUCAUGUUUCAUAUGAUGACUGA